GCAAGACAAAGUUCCGUAGCAUGAGAAAGAAAAUUUGUAAUGCGGAUUUAACCUGAGAAAGAAACUUGUAAUGCGUGAAUGCGAUUGAUAGGACGAGUGCGAUACUUUUGUACUGGUUAUCUUCACAGGCAACACGAUGUUCCACAUGCUACACCAUCUCCGCCACGAGGACCGGCUGCGCUACUACGCGGUUGACCCCUACGAGAAAUUCAACCCAAAGUAUGAACCAGGCGGCCGGUUUGUGCAGCAGCGAGGGGAGGAAAUCGAGGCUGCAAGGCACGGUGCUGCUGGUCGUGGUGCCGGCGACCCCGUCGGCCCGAGGUUCGUGCUAAUCAAAGACGGCAUUUCUUCCGAGGACCAAGAAUCCUGUCAGCGGGUCAGAGACCGAGUGCUGGCUGAUGUAGCUGCAGGAGGAACUUCGACGGAUGAUGGGUUGGCGAAGUCGCAAAUAUGAAUUCUCACAAAAGUCUCGUAGCCGCAGUUACUUACCACAAAAUUUUGCAUCUGCAACCUUGGUGACAUUUUGAAAAAAGUGGACGUAGCGCGAAUUUUUCUGCUCGACCGCGCAGCGGUCGCGGCCUUUGGUCGCGAGGUUCGUCGGGCCCCCGGCGGCCUUCCUAUUCCGCCCGUGGUUCGUGCGAUUUCGCCUUUUGAAAGUGCUGCACGGGUUGAAGCGUUUGGGAAAUUUUCCAGGGUUUCCGCCGCAAGAUGUUUUUUGGCGAUAGCUCGGGGGACGCGCAAAAUUCUGGGCCCUUUUGUGGCCGCCGGCCUUUGGUCGCGAGGUUCGUCGGACCUCCGGUGGCCUUCCUAUUCCGCCCGUGGUUCGUGCGAUUUCGCCUUUUGAAAGUGCUGCACGGGUUGAAGCGUUUGGGAAAUUUACCAGGAUUUCCGCCACAAGAUGUUUUUUGGCGAUAGCUCGGGGGACACGCAAAAAUCUGGGCCCUUUUGUGGCCGCCGGCCUUUGGUCGCGAGGUUCGUCGGGCCCACGGCGGCCUUCCUAUUCCGCCCGUGGUUCGUGCGAUUUCGCCUUUUGAAAGUGCUGCACGGGUUGAAGCGUUUGGGAAAUUUACCAGGAUUUCCGCCACAAGAUGUUUUUUGGCGAUAGCUCGGGGGACACGCAAAAAUCUGGGCCCUUUUGUGGCCGCCGGCCUUUGGUCGCGAGGUUCGUCGGGCCCCCGGCGGCCUUCCUAUUCCGCCCGUGGUUCUUGCGAUUUCGCCUUUUGAAAGUGCUGCACGGGUUGAAGCGUUUGGGAAAUUUUUUGGGUUUUCCACACGAGGCAGCCAUUUGGACAUAGGCUGGGGAAAAGCGAAAACCCGGCAGCUUUUGUGCUCUCGAGGCGUAAGUGUGGGGGCAGUGCUUUUGUAGAGGAUGCCGAGGAGCAGGGGAUCAAACUUCUCAGCCGAGGCAAUCCCACCAGGUCCUCGAUCUUGCGUUCAUCGACGCCGUAUCAAAUGCAAAUAUGUCUGGGUCUGGAAAGUUGUGAUGCAUGUCAGUGAAUAGAAGUCGCACUGUACUGCAAUACCAAGCAUGCCAAUAGACUUUUCCGUGGCUCCGUGUUGCGUAUUCCGCAUGACAGACAUCGUUUUUGCAUGACAGACAAGAGGGCCUCUUGCUGGCCACGCAAUACAGAGCUCAGUGUCAUGCUAGACCGGCAUGACAGAUCUCGCAUUCUUCCAAACCCAGACAUAUUUGCAUUUGAUACGCCAACGGGCCGAGCGGGCUGUUGCUUGCGCAAAUCCGCUAUCCUGUGCAAAAGUAUCGUACUCGUAUUGCAGUCAUGCAUUACAAAUUUUUUUCUUAAGGGAAAUCCGAAUUACAAAUGUCAUUUCUCAUGCUGAGGAAAUUUGUAAUGCAUUCAUACGAGCACGAGCCGACACUUUUGCAGUUCAUAUCCGCUGCUUGUUACCCAUGAUGAAGCAGCCAGAUGGCGUGAUUGCGGGCCACGACUUUGCGACAGGCGGCGUCUCAUGGUCCAAGGAAGAAUAUUCUGCCGCUGUGGACAUGGCCGUAUGCAUUGCAAAUGUGUCUGGGUCUGGAAGGCUGCGGACUUGUUUUGUUGCCUUCAGAUGCUAAAAAAACCUGUAAAAUUGCAUGUGCAGAAACAGCAACAGCAAUCCAGUUGUUGCUGCGCGGCGAGGGCAUUUGGAUUUCAAUUUCUCAUGCAGCACGACAAACAUAAUUAAGAAGUUCUCGCGAAACCUGUGAUGCUGGGGUAGACAUCACGAUCACAGACACCGUGCGCUAGUGCUAUUUCGAAAUGUGCACGACAAGCCUUCAACUCAUUUCCAGACGCAGAGCUAUUUCCAAUGCAUCGGCCAAGGCGCUUGACGAGUGGCAUGCAGACGAGACAAACCCAAGAAUAGCCCUCCGGACAAGGCCAGAUUCGGUCUGGUGGCUCACGUUUGACCAGACAAAUGAAGUUCUUGGCACGCCUAUGCAAAAAUGAACGUCGACAGCAAAUGAUUAUGUCGAGUGGCUUUCUUCGCGUCAUGGUCAUUUUCAUUUACAUUUGUCUUCGGACAUGCGUAGAGAAGAAUCUCAAACACCUACAAGUAGACACUAACUAGGUGGCCUGUUCCUGGUUCGAUCUUCAAUUUCUGCAUUUAGUGUCGC